AUGCUAUCAGAGCAGGUCGACCCUCCUGGGUCGAUCCUGUGCAUGGGCCCACCAAAACUUCCGCUGUCAUCACUGCCUAUAGCGCGCCUCGGGCGCGCGCUGGGCGCGCGGCAAUUUUUCUUCCCGCCGCGCGCUCGGGGCGCGCGGCGGUUUUCUGCCCGUCGCGCCGCCCUGGGGGCAGCGCGACGCCCUGAUCUGCCCGUCGUGCGCCCCGUGGCGCGCGACGGUGCCCUGCCCGUCGCGCGCCCCGGGGCGCACGGCGGUUUCGUCGCCCCGGGGGGCUCGUGCGCGGCCCUCCCGUCGCCCGUCGUGGCGCCAUCGGGGGCCCGCGCGGCCCCCCCAUUCGUCGCCCGUCGCGGCGCCCCGGGGGGGCUCGUGCGCGGCCCUCCCAUCGCUCGUCGUGGCGUCCUCGGGGGCCCGCGCGGCCCCCCUUUCCGUCGCCCGACGUGGCGCUCGUGGGGGCCCGCGCGCGACCCCCCUCUCGUCGCCCGUCGAGCGCGCGCCCCCCCCCUCCUGACGCCUGUCGUGGCGCCCUCGGGGCCAGCGCGCGCCCCCCCCCCCUCACCCGUGCCGUCGCCCACUGUGGCGCCCUUGGGGGCCCGCGCUGCCCCUCCUGCAGCCCGCGUGCUGCCCCUUCCGCCCGCGAGCCGCCCCUCGCCGCCUCCUGUCCCCUCCUCCUCCUCCUCCUCCUCCGUCUCCCACUGCUGCAGCUGCCACUGA